AUGGAAAUAUUCACAGCCCGCGACGGAGAGUGGCAACGAUCGCCCCGCCCGUGCCCGCACAUCGGGCCUGGCGUUCCGACUGCGGCGCCCAGGGGCGACUGGCGCGCGCCUGGGCAAGAUGGAGGUGGCUGGAGGGCUGCCGGGGGUAGCGGCAGGCGCGUGGAAGACCUGUUCGUGAAAUCGUCCUACAGCCUACAGUCAGGGCACCAGGUCGAGGUGGUUUGCACUGAUGUCACCGAUCGGAUUCGGAGGAGCCGCGCCGGGCUGCAGGCUGCAGCGGUGCCCAAGGGAAUGCCACAGCUCACGCCACCGGCCGUGGCUGCCGUUCCCUUUGUCUUGGCGCGCAGGGACUCCUUUUUGUUCAGUGUUGCGAAG